AGGGGUCGUCUUCAAAGUUGCAGAAGCAGAAGAGGGAGUGUUACUGCGCCACUUUAACUGGAAUGGGAAGCCUUGAAACCUCCAUGUUUGUAUCUUCAAAUUGCGAGCAGAGUCGAGCACCAUAUUGAAUCAAAGUUGCCUUCUCUCUGUCAAAUGUUUUAUAACUUCUCCUCUUCAACUUCUCGCACAGUAAUGGAGGAACUUUAGGGAGACUUGUUGCGAUGUUACCCGGUCCGCUGCAGCCUCGUUUUCCUUCAUGUUAAAAAGUUGUUGUAGUUCAGCGAACAGUCUCUGAAACUUUAAAGUGUGAGGUCAGCACUCUGGAGCAGACCUGGACCUGGAUGUGAUGGACAAUCCGUCCUCAGUAAUCACACAAGUCAGCCGGGAUGAAGAGGGGAGUAAAGCCGCAGGAGAGAGGGGUUCUUCCCCCUCUCUCUCCUCCAAGAAGCCACGCAGCAGAGGCCUCUUCUCCAGCCUCUUCUGCUGCCUGUGUCGGGACCAGCCCGAGCCCCAGCCCGUCAACAACAACGCCCCGCUCCUGGUGGAGGAGAACGGGACGGUCUCCAAGAUCCAGGUGAAGCCGCUGCUGCCUCCUGUGAAGUCAAAAGACUCCGGAAAGAUCUGUGUGGUCAUAGAUCUGGACGAGACGUUAGUUCACAGCUCAUUUAAGCCUGUGAACAACGCAGAUUUCAUCAUUCCUGUGGAAAUCGAUGGAACAGUACAUCAGGUGUACGUCCUGAAGCGGCCGCACGUCGACGAGUUUCUGAAGAGAAUGGGAGAGCUGUUUGAGUGCGUCCUUUUCACUGCCAGUUUAGCCAAGUAUGCAGACCCCGUCUCAGACCUCCUGGAUAAGUGGGGCGCCUUUCGCUGCCGCCUCUUCAGGGAGUCGUGCGUCUUCCAUCGAGGAAACUACGUCAAGGACCUGAGCCGCCUCGGUCGUGACCUCAACAAAGUCAUCAUCGUGGACAACUCCCCCGCCUCCUACGUCUUCCACCCUGACAAUGCAGUCCCUGUGGCCUCGUGGUUCGACGACAUGUCCGACACCGAGCUGCUGGACCUCAUCCCCUUCUUUGAGCGGCUGAGCAAAGUGGAUAACGUCUACACAGUCCUCAAACAACAAGGGACCGCGAGCUAACAGUGUUCCAUGUCUCAUCUCAGCUCUGAACAAAAAAAAAGAAUGAAAAACACACACAACAACAACAACACCAGCUCCAGCUAUCACUGCCCCUCUGAACACAGACUGCUUCACAGCUGACCGAGCCUUCACCUUCCCAGUAUCAAAUCCAGGUCAUGUUUUGGGUGUCUAAGCUGCCACCUGCUGGUCAAACGGAGAGUUGCCUUGUUACUCUCUGAAUCCUUCUGCCUGAGUGCCGGGGAUGUUCUUCCUCUCAUGGAUCUAGCAGCGCCGUCCUGCAAAGAGAUGUGGGAUUAAGUGAACAGGAAUAAAGCAGGAGUGUAUAUUUUGGAAAGGUAUUCGCCCAAUUUAACUGAGAAGUCUUGAAAGUGAGCGAGCAGAUUGUGGACCUGUACUGUAGAUGUCUUUUUAGAUCACAUUGUGUCACCCUAAUCUGAUCGAUCAUCACACUAUCCGUCUGCGCUCGAACGUAUGGUGUUUAUUUUAGAGUAUUUAGAGCAAUGUGAUCAGGUGUUUUUGAAUAAUUGUGACAGUGUUAUGAUGAAUCUGAACAAAAGAAGUGGAGGUUUUAAUGUCAGAGGUAAUCAGAGGACCUUUUCAGUGCCUUGUGGAACUAAAUCUCAGCACUUUUUAUUUUCUAAACCCAGCAUUAAAACAGCAUACAUGAGAUUCUGCUACCAUUAAGAAAGGUAGACAAAUUAGGCUAGUGCUUUUGCAGCAAAAACCAAUGCAAGAAAAAUGGAUACAAACUGCACUGAUCUGUUAAAAUCUGGCUUUUUUUUGUUGUGAAAAAUGAUAAACAAAGAUAUAUUGCCCCACUUAACAAGCAAAGUUUUGUUGACUAUGAUGACUGCAGUAUUUUCCUGUAAAAGCCUGACACUAAUAUGAAUAUUGAACCACCUGCACAUGACAGUAAAGGAGCAGCUGCUGUGUGGAUUUUACAGCUGUAUUACACCCGUGUGGCAGGUGUUGACUCAAGAGAUAAGAGGACCAGGAAAACCGCUUUGUGCAUGUCACAUCGACACAGUUUGUGGAUUGAAAGCCACACACACACACGCACACAACACUUGAAUUUCUCACAGCACUCAUGGACUGUUUAAGAAUGGAAACAGAGAGUUGUAUGACUUCUCAUAAGCUUCAGAGUACAAGCGGUACACAUGGGCUGGAAACUCCUUCAGGACUCUGUGAUAUGAUGUGUGUCGAGACUGCCAUGAGGACUUAAGGAUAUGUUGAGGUGUUUAAAACAAUAAGUGGUUUAAUAAAGUCCAGAUUUAAAGGAGAAUUCACCAGAAACACUUUGACAUUGUUAAAAUAAAGGGCUAGUGGUAAUUUAUUUUGCACCUUGGGGGGUAAAACAUCAGUAGGAGAUAUUCAGAUAUGUCAGCCAGUGUGAAGUGAUUCAAAGUGGAUUCUUCUUUAAAUACCAAUAACUACAAACUGGACACCGUUCAGACUUCCCUUGUAUGCGUUGACAAUACCAUGUGUUGACACUGAUGAAUGAAGGUGGAUUUGAUGAGGGGCCUCCACAGCAGGCUAGUGAUGGGACAGGAUGGACGAAUAAAUCCACCAUGUUAAGAGCUAUUACAUUAUUUUUCUAUGUUUAACUAAUUCUUCUCAAUCAAAUUAGCCUUUUUCUUUUCUAAAUACUGAUUUAUGUCAUCUUUUUUUCCCCUGGAGUUGGUCCUCUUGAUGCAAUAUUUGGUCUUGCUGUUACCUUGUAUAUUAUUAAGUAAUAUAUGGAGCAGAAACACCAGCAUUUGACUAAAAUAAGAAAGCAUCUUAUUGUUGCAGAUGCAUAACAGGGUAAAUACUGUUAUAGUUUCAUGUAAGCCAUCAUUACAGAUCUCUCAAUUAGGUGUUCAUUCAUUAGAAUCAUUCAGUUGUUUAAUUACAUAUAAAAACAAAUGUUGUGUCACUACAGGGGCCCAUUCACUGAUACUGUACUUCUUACACAUUCAAUAGGUAUGUAUAUUUUGUUUUGCACAGUAAUAAAGCAAACAAAUUUUCAUUAAUAUAUGGA